AUCGCCAACAUGAAGGACGAGAUGGCGCGCCACCUCCGUGAGUACCAGGACCUACUCAAUGUCAAGAUGGCGCUGGAUGUGGAGAUCGCCACCUACAGGAAGCUGCUGGAAGGAGAGGAGAGCAGGAUUGCCUUGCCUGUGCAAACCUACUCCACGCUGAGUUUCCGAGAGACCAGCCCUGAGCAGCAGCGCUCCUCUGAGAUGCAUUCAAAGAAAACUGUCCUCAUCAAGACCAUCGAGACCCGCGAUGGAGAG